AUGGAUUCCGACAAAGAUUCCAAGAUGGAUUUUGCUCCCAUCACGGAGCGGACCCAAACUGUCAUGACUGCCAUCGAAGAACGAGAAAUCGAAUCGAUAGGCCGCAUUGCCUCCAGUCAUCUGGGCCAGGCUUUGUCGGCCACGAUAACCCAUGGCGAGAAAGAUCCUCGAUUGGAUCCCGACGAUCCUCGGUUUGACCAUCGUCGGUGGGCCCAGAACGUGGUCAACCAAGUCCACGAAGCUGGCAUUGAUAUUCCAGACCAAGGUGUCGUCUUUUCCGACCUGUCUAUCUACGGUUCCGGAUCCGCUUUACAAUUCCAAGAAACCUUGAUCUCGAGCCUCGCAGUUCCUUUUCGCCUCGCCACCAGAGCUCUCUCUGGUCAGAAGUCACCGCCCCGUCGUAUUCUUCACAAUUUCGACGGACUGCUGCAAGGUGGCGAGCUUUUGCUCGUCCUGGGACGUCCCGGCAGUGGCUGUACUACCUUCCUCAAGACCCUUUGUGGACACCUGGGCGGCCUUACCAUGGAGUCCGAAAGCAAAAUUCAUUUCGAAGGGAUCGACUAUAAGGAUAUGAUUAAAUAUCACCGUGGCGAGGUUGCCUACAAUAAAGAAGUCGACCUCCACUUCCCUCAUUUGACUGUCGGCCAAACCCUCUCCUUUGCGGCCCACGCCCGUGCCCCCCACCGUCGUCUGGAGGGAGUCACACGGAAUGAAUUUGUCGACACCUUGGUUAAGGUCGUUAUGUCUAUUUUUGGUCUCUCUCAUACCUACAACACCAAAGUCGGCAGCGAAUUCGUACGCGGUGUCAGUGGUGGUGAGCGGAAGCGUGUAAGUAUUGCCGAAAUGUUUUUGUCUCGCUGCAGAAUAGGGGCAUGGGACAACAGCACUCGUGGACUGGAUGCGGCAUCGGCUUUGAAUUUCGUUAAGUCCCUGCGUCUCUCUGCCGACAUGGGCAUGUCCUGCCAUGCUAUCGCCGCAUAUCAAGCGUCCCAAUCGAUGUAUGACUUGUUUGACAAAGUCGUCGUCCUCUACGAGGGCUAUGAAAUCUACUACGGCCCUAGAGAGCGUGCGGUUUCCUAUUUCCAGGAGAUGGGCUGGACACGGCCCGAGCGUCAGGUCAGCGGUGACUUCUUGACAGCUAUCACCAACCCUGGCGAACGCAAAGCAUUGCCUGGAAUGGAAGAGAAAGUGCCGCGUACCGCCAAGGAAUUUGCUGAAUACUGGAAGAAAAGCCCAGAGUACUGUAAUCUUCGCAACAAAAUCACUGAGUUUGAGCGCGAGCAUCCCCCGAAUGGCAUUGACGCCCAACGCCUGCGUUUGACUCACGAAGCGCACCAAGCCCGUCACACUCGCGCCGCCAGCCCUUAUCUGCUUUCAAUUCCGAUGCAGAUUCGACUCUGUACUACGAGAGCUUUCCAGCGUAUGAAGGGUGACCUACCCACUGCGUUAUCGCCUCUGUUCGUCCAAAUCAUCUUGUCUUUGAUCAUCGGGUCCGUCUUCUACAAUACCCCGGAUACGGCCGACUACUUCUUCCAAAAGGGUGCGGUGUGUUACUUUGCCGUCCUCAUGAACGCUCUUCUCACUAUCAACGAAAUUCUUCAACUCUACAGUCAGCGGUCCAUUGUUGAAAAACAGGCUGGUUAUGCUUUCGUGCACCCAUUCACUGAAGCGUUAGCCAGUCUCAUUGUUGACCUACCCGUCAAAUUGGUCCGCAUCUCGGUGUUCAGUAUCGUCUUGUACUUCAUGGCGAAUCUGCGUCGGGAACCGGCCCAAUUUUUCAUCUUCUACCUGUUCUUGAUCGUCGCCGUUCUGGCCAUGUCGGGUCUAUUCCGCAGCCUGGGAGCAUUGACAAAGUCAGUGGGCCAAGCCAUGGCACUUGCAGGUAUUUUGGUUCUUUGCAUCGUCGUCUACACUGGUUUCACCCUCCCGGAACCCUAUAUGCAUCCGUGGCUCUCGUGGAUCCGUUGGAUCAACCCAAUCUACUAUACCUUUGAGGCAUUGAUUGCGAACGAAUUCCACGGCAGGAACUAUGAUUGUGGAUCAAUAAUUCCGAGCUAUGGUACUGGGACCAACUUCAUCUGUUCCUCGGUUGGCGCAGUGGCAGGUCAGCGAUAUGUCUCAGGUGAUGCCUUUAUCGAGCAGAAUUACUACUACCACUACUCCCAUUUGUGGAGAAACUUCGGCAUUCUAAUUGCUUUCAUGGUUUUCUUCAAUUUCCUGUACCUGACAGCCACAGAGUUUAUUUCCAGUGACAAGUCAAAGGCAGAGGCCCUGGUCUUCCGCCCUGGACAUGCUCCUAAGUAUCUCCAAAAUGGACAGGAUACAGAGGGCGGUGCGCCAGAUUCAACAAAGCUCGAAGUGCAAGCAACCAACGAUACCAUUCGCCUUCCUGAACAGACUGAUAUCUUCUCUUGGAGCUCUUUGAACUAUGAUAUUCCUGUCAAAGAGGGAACUCGACGAUUGUUGAAUGAUGUGAACGGCUGGGUCAAACCUGGUACUUUGACAGCCCUGAUGGGUGUAUCAGGAGCAGGCAAGACAACCCUUCUGGAUGUUCUCGCCCAGCGCGUAUCGAUUGGUGUCGUCACUGGCGAUAUUUUAGUCAAUGGUCUGGCCCUCGCUGCCAACUUCCCCCGCCGCACUGGCUAUGUGCAACAGCAAGAUCUUCACCUCGACACCACAACCGUGCGAGAGGCCUUGCGUUUCAGUGCAAUGCUUCGCCAGCCCAAAUCUGUUUCCAAGAAGGAGAAGUAUGAGUAUGUGGAGCAGGUCAUCAAGGCCCUUGGUAUGGAGGAUUUUGCCGAAGCUGUUGUUGGCUCCCUUGGAGAAGGUUUGAAUGUUGAGCAGCGUAAGCUUCUCAGCAUUGGCGUGGAACUUGCUGCGAAGCCUACUCUUCUCAUCUUUCUUGAUGAGCCGACCAGUGGUUUGGAUUCUCAAAGUUCAUGGACUAUCUGUCAGUUCCUGCGGAGACUCGCAGACCACGGACAAGCUGUGUUGGCAACAAUUCAUCAACCCAGUGCAACUCUGUUCCAAACCUUUGACCGGCUGCUUUUCUUGGCCAAGGGUGGAAAGACAGUUUACUUCGGCGAUAUCGGCGAAAACUCUACCACCCUUUUGAAAUAUUUUGAGAACAAUGGUGCUCCUCCUUGCGAAGAGCUGGAGAACCCUGCCGAGUACAUCCUCGACAUGGUUGCUGGUGACGGAUGUCCUGGAGUGGACUGGCCUACAGUGUGGAAGAAAAGCCCUGAGCACAACGAGGUCCUUGCUGAAAUCCAGCGUGUUCACUCCACUCGUACAAAUUCUGUCCACGAUCCGGUGACCGAUGAUGAUAGUGCCGAGUUUGCGAUGCCCUUGUCUGCUCAGCUUGUUGUGGUUCUUCAGCGAUGCUUCCAGAGCUAUUUCCGCCAGCCCGACUACAUCUACGCCAAGUUCAUCCUCGGUAUUGCGUCUGGUCUAUUCAUCGGUUUCUCCUUCUGGUUGUCCGACAAUACUCAGCAAGGCUUUCAAGAUGUGCUUUUCAGUAUUUUCCUGCUUUGCACCAUCUUCAACACCCUCGUCAAUCAGAUCAUGCCCCGCUUCGUUGCUCAGCGCUCCCUGUACGAGGUUCGCGAACGGCCAUCUCGUAUCUAUUCCUGGAAGGUUUUCAUUCUAUCGCAGAUCUUCGUUGAGGUUCCCUGGCAAGUUGCCCUGGGCAUCUGCUCGUGGGCCUCGUUCUACUGGUCUGUUUUUGGUGCCAACCAGGAUUCUGAACGUCGUGGGCUCAUUAUGCUCUUCAUCGUACAAUUCUACAUGUACGCUGCCAGCAUGGCUCAGUUUGUGAUCUGCGCCAUCCCGGAACCUACCCUUGGUGCCAUGGUCGCAACUAUGAUGUUCGGUCUCUCAUUCAUCUUCAAUGGUGUCAUGCAGCCGCCGAAUGAUCUCCCGCGCUUCUGGAUUUUCAUGUAUCGUGUAUCUCCAUUCACGUACUACAUCAGCGGAAUCAGUAGCACUGCCCUCCAUGGCCGGGAGGUUGAAUGCAACGCAGCCGAACUGAGUGUCUUCGAUCCUCCCGCUGGUCAAACCUGUGGCGAGUAUAUGGCCAAAUACCUACAGGUGUCUGUCGGAUCAAUUUACAACGAAAAUGACACUUCCGGCUGCCAGUAUUGCAGCAUGAAGCUUGCCGAUCAAUACCUCGCUACCAGAGAAAUCUACUGGGAGGACCGUUGGCGCAACUAUGGUAUCUUCUGGUGCUACUUCAUCUUCAACAUCUUUGGUGCGAUUGCCUUGUACUACUUGUUCCGGGUGCGAACCUCGAAGGCCAAGGCUGGAAAGGGCAAGAAAACUGCUUAA